UAAAAAAAUAAAAAUAUUAUAAAAUUGCAUGUAUAAAAUACAUAUAUGUGAGUGCAUAAGUGAGUGUGAGUGUGAUAUAGAAGUAGAAUAAGUACAAAAUGGAUGCGGGCGGCGAUGAAACGUUCCGACAACAACAUCAACAACAACAACAGCUACAAUACGAGCACAGCUGGAAAUCGUCAAAUCACGGAAAUUCCUUAUCAGACAGUAGGGAUUAUGACACAAACUCAACGCGCACUUCGCUAACAGGUUCCCCGCCAAUCACGCUGGACUUCGAAGGUUUCGAGGACAAGGCGCUGCUGGCAUCGCUACUGGCACCGAAAUUAGAUGCGGACGUUGGCAGCGGCAGCGGUAGUAGCAGCAGCAGCGGCAGCAUUUACAGUCAUGCGGCUGGGGAGCAACAGGUGCUGCAACCAUUAGGCAUAAGUUUAACACUUGAGGCGGACAAUGCAGUCACUACAACAACAACAACAACSUACACAUUGCUGCAGGAGACAACAGACAACAACAACAUUGACAUAGCUGACGAUGCGAUAUUCACAUUAAGUGCACCCCUGUUGCUAACCAGCACCACCACCACCAACACCACAACCUCAUCCACACACAUACCGACACAUACACCCACACCCACACCCACAGCCACAGCCAUUGCCAUGCCCAUACGAUCAGAGAAUGCAGCAGCUGUGGGCGCAUACAAUGUGGACGACAUUUGCUUUACGCUGGAAUAUCAAUUUCAAAAUCAAGAGCUCGUUCAGGUGCAGCCACCCACCGUGGUGUCCUUCAGCAUGGUACCGGCAAAUGAAGAUCCUUCGGCAACAACAACAACAACAGCUAGCAGUGACAGCAACAACAACAACAACUACAACUCAACACCAAAUGUAUCAAGUUCUACUCCUACUACUAUUUCUACUACAUAUUUCACUGUCGGGACGAGCUAUAUCGAAGAGCAAACGGAGCUUGAUGAGGAAGAUGAGCUGGCUCACUGCAUCCAUCCGGGCGCUCUGCACAAGGACACCGACGAGGAUCAGCUGAUGGCGAUGGCGUACGAGAGCUCCGAUGAAGCUCUCAGUCGAUAUAAAUGCAACUAUGAGAAUUGUUAUCGUAGCUACAGUACAAUCGGAAAUCUGCGCACACAUUUAAAGACACACACAGGUGACUACAGUUUUAAGUGCACGGAGGAGGGCUGUAACAAAGCGUUUCUCACAUCAUACAGCCUUAAGAUCCACGUACGUGUGCACACAAAGGUAAAGCCCUAUGAGUGCGAGGUGAGUGGCUGUGAUAAGGCAUUCAAUACGAGAUAUAGAUUGCACGCCCAUUUGCGUCUGCACAAUGGCGAGACAUUUAAUUGUGAAAUGUGCCAAAAGUGCUUUACGACCCUGAGCGAUCUGAAGAAGCAUAUGCGCACCCACACCCAGGAGCGACCUUACAAGUGUCCCGAGGACGACUGCGGCAAGGCGUUUACGGCGUCGCAUCAUCUGAAGACGCAUCGGCGCACGCAUACGGGCGAGAAACCUUAUCCCUGUCAGGAGGACAGCUGCCAGAAAUCUUUUAGUACCUCUCACAGUCUUAAGUCUCACAAGAAGACGCACCAGCGACAGCUGCUCAACAAGAGCAAGAAGAAAUCCAAGAGGGCAGCACUCAAACUGCUGCAGGAGCAACAGCAAGGACAGCAGCAACAGCAACAGCAGCAGCAACAACAACAACCACUCGAGGAGAAGUUGGAGCUGGAACAGGAAUCGGAGGCUGAUAUGGUGCUGCUCAAUCCGAGCAGCCAGAGCUCGGAGACGACGAGCAACGAUAGUGGAGUUGUGCUACAGCAGUUGUCCAAUGUAUUUAUGCUGCCCGAGACAUCGCAGGCGUAUCCCUUAUCCUAUGCCGCCGAGGAGGAGAUACCCAGCCCGUGGAUAGACGCAGGCGUUCUGGCAUCCAAGCCUAUUAUGGCCCGGGCACCGUUGACCGAUGCCUGUGUGGCGCUGCCCACCGAAAUGCCCAGUUUUGUGGACUUAAAACCCAACUUUGGCAACGCCGUCAGCGGCCAAAUGGAGGAACUGGCCAUGCCACCGCCAGCUCCAUUGGAUGAGGAAAUGUUGAAUGGCAGCAACCGAGCGGCACUCAGCCCCAGUUUGCCCACGCUCGAGCUGAAUCCGCAGAGCAUCGAGGAGCUGCUCAAGGACGAUAGUUAUGACAACGAUGAGGACAUGGAAACGGAGUCGUUGCUCAACGACAUUCUCAUGACCAUCGACAACAAUAGUGCGCUGUUGCAGGCUACUCUGCAGCAGGCGGCGCAAGUACCUAGCGAUGCCUCCGGCCUGGUCGAGCUGGACAUUAGGGAUAACAAGCCGACGCUCAAACAGAUUACAGCAGAUGCGGGCAUCUGCAAUUGCACCAAUUGCAAGUGUGAUCAAACCAAGAACUGUCAUGGUGGCGAUUGUGGCAGCGGUUGUGGUGUCAUGGCUCCAAACACGGCCACAACCUCACCCGCGCCCACGCCCACUCCAAAGCCCAAACCCAUUACGACAACAACAGCGAGCGUAACGAACAGCGGCAAACGGAUCUGUGGCAGCUCGUCGACCAGCAAAAAAGUGAGUAAACGCCAAGCGGAAAUGAAUCAAAACAUCGAGGAUGUUGCUUUGCUGCUGCAAAAUCUGGCUUCAAUGAGCGGCGGCGGCAGCUGUGGCAAGCCAAAGCCAACUCCCGCUGCCACUGGCUGCGGCUGUGCACCAAGUGGCGGCGGUGGCGGUGGCGGAGGUUGCUGUGGUGCCCCUGCUCCUCCUCCUCCAACUGUUGGCUGCUGUGGCAGCAAGCAAGCGAUGCCUACGCCCAGCACCGGCGGCUGCUGCAGCAGUCCGCCGCCCGGCUCCGGCUGCUGCUCAGCCAAGCCGCUGCCGCCACCGGCCAUCACGAGCAGCAACAGCAGCGGCGCUUGCACCUGCAAAAGCCCAGCGGAGGGCGUGGCCAAUGGCUGUUGUGUUGUCAUCUGCAUGAAGACGUUGCAAGCUUUGCGCAAAGUGCUGACGCGCAGGAACCUCAAUUUAAUGCUUUGCCCGCAACAGAACUAAACAAAAACAAAACAACAAGGAGAACAACAACAUCUUGUGCUACAACAACAACAA